ACCAUCGCGGCGUACUUUGCGUCCCUCAUCGUGGUGUGCAUUUUUCCCAGCUUCGAUAGGCGCACCGAGAUCGAGGAGCACGGCCUCAUCCCAGGCUACGCGGUCGCCGGCUUCACGGGCCCUUGGGCGAGCACCGUCAAGGACACGACAUCCAAGAUCGCAGGCUCCAUCGCGGCCGGGCCGAAGCAGGGCGACCAGGGCGCUGUAGAUGCAUUGCGCGAUGCGCUGGCAGAGGCAGAGCUGGUCUCUCACCACAUGAACUUCACAGCAUUCGGCCACACUCCCAGCUCGGUUGUGUACACAGUGGUGCCGUCGAAGCGUGGCGACUCCCGCGAGGCGGUGGUGCUGGUAAUCGCGACUAGGUGGACGCUAGCCGGCGGCAAGGCGAACCCGGAGGCUUCCUACGGACUCGGUAUCGGCGUCGCGCUGGGGCAGUAUCUGCGCACGGUCCCCUGGUUGUCGAAAGACGUUCUCCUCGUUUUCGUAGACAGCUCGCUGCCCUACGGCGCUGGGGCGCGGGCGUGGCUACGGGCGUACUUUGGAGGAUAUUCUUCUGUUCGUAGGGGUGUGCUGCGGCAGGCUGUCAUUCUGGAGCCUGGCAAUAGACCCUCGUCCUUGCUCUGCAACGUGGAGGGAAUCAACGGCGCUGUGCCCAAUCAGGACGUUGUGAACAGCUACAUGGUGCAAGCGGACAAGGCAAAGCUGCAGGUGGCGCAUCGCGAGGCGUGGGAGUCCGUCGCAAGCCAUUUCUGGAAUGGUGGGGUGCACAGCAGCCACGCGCCCUUCCUGGAGCUGCAGGUUCCAGCAUUCACUGUCCAGGGCCAGCGUGGCCGAGUCAAGACACGUGAGCUGAAGCCGCACGAGGUGGCUCAGACGCUGGAGGGGGUGGUCCGCUGCCUGAGCAACAACCUGCAGCAGCUGCACCACUCCUUCAACUUCUACUUCUUCACGGGCCGGGCAAGGCACAUCUCAAACGGGCUCUACCUGUACCCCGUCUUCGCCAUGAUGUUUCCCCUGAUCAGCUUCUUGAUGACGACGCCGACGUACCGCGAUAUACGCUCGAUGCUGGUGAGCCUCGGGGCGAUCGCCCUGGUGAUCGUCGCCUCCGGCAGCCCGGUCUUCCUCCUCGGCACUGACGCAAAGCUGGUCGCGUGGCUGCGAGGCCUCGCAGCGGCGACCGAUGCCAGUCCGCUGGCGCUGCCGCCCACGUGCGAGCACCCGCGCCCGGGAGCGGGCGAGGAGCUGAUGCGACGGCAGGCCGCGGCGUUGUGGCUGUCGACGGGCGGCUGCGCCGCGGCGGCCGCAGCGCUGCUGCUCAGGCAGUACGCCUUCACCGUCUUCGACGCCACUGGAAAGGCGGACACCCAGGGCGGUGGCGUGAGGCUGCCAGGGCCCCUGUGGGAAUCCAUGCGGGCGGCGUCUGGGUUCGCCUACCUGCUGGUGCUCGCGCCCUUCGCGAUCUACUCGUGGGCCGUGGCCAUGCCGCUCACGAUCGUGUGCGUGCCGAUGCUCGUCUUCAUGCGGCCCAUCAGCUUCCGCGGGCGCCCCCUCAGCUCCUGCUUCCUGGUGGUGACCGUCGCCGUGAACGUUUUCUUCCUGGCAGCGCCGCCGCGGGCCCGCGCCGAGUGGCUCGGCGAGGCGGGCCUGGGCGGCUACCUCCUCGGGGCGCUUGACGCCUUCGACAAGAGCGUGGUGCCCCUGGUCCCGCAGGAGGGGCGCGCCUACCUGCCCACGCCGCUGGUCCGGUGGCUGCGGGGCCUGGUCAGCAGCAGGGCGCUGCAGGCGGACCUGCUGCUCCAGCUGCACGAGCUGGCCCGGGACUUCAACUGCGUCGGGGGCAUGCUGUUCCCGGUGUUCUGCUUCGCGUACUGGCCGCUGCUCGUGCUGCUGGUCCUCAUCGGCGCCGUCCUGCCGGCCCAGCGCGUGGACGACGGCGGCCUCAGCCUGCGGCAGGUCCGCCUCUUCGCCCUCGUCGUGCUGUCCCUCGUGGCGCUCGGCGUGGUCGGCGGGGUGUACUGGCGCUCGCACUCGUCCAGCGGGCUGGGCAGGCUGCAGUGGUGAGGGGCGGGCUGCGCGGUCCGGCUCUCCAGCGUCCGCUGCCCUUCCAGAGCGAGAGCGCGCCGCGCCGCCCCCCCGCGCCGCGCGCGCACUGCGAGCACGGGCGGCGGGGGCGAGGGGAAGCCCGUGUGAUCCGCUCGCGGGCUC